AGGCUCCUACUAGUUUUAUUGUAGUUUUGUGGUUGUGUCGUCGAGAAAAUUCUAACCUUGAAAAGUGUUUUACUUAUUUGAAAGUCAAAAAAUAUUAUUAAUAAAGUCUACGUAUGUACAUACAAAAGCGAUUAUUAUUAUCAGAAUGGAACAUGAAACUGAAGAUGUUGAUAAUAUGAAGAAAAAAAAUGAAAAUAUUUCUCAGAAGGAUGAAUCAGAGGAUGAAGGUAUAAAAGAGGAAUAUUGCAGCGAUGCAACGUAUUUAGCUCGACAAAUGACAUCAGCGGAGAGAUUAUGUCAAUCAGACUCGAUAAAAUUAUAUAACUUGUGUGUGCAACUGAGGCAUACAGUGCCACCACAACAUGAAAUUGAAACACGUGCAGGAUCUCAUAUGCCAACGAAACAAGAAAUAGAAAAGUUUGAAAAAAUAAUACCAAUCAAAAAGGGCUUAUAUUCUUUUGAUGAAGACAACAUUAUUGCUACUAAUUGGAAAGCAUUUUGUAAGAUACAUAACUGGGAUGUAAAAAUGGUUCGUCCAUUCUUACAAUUAAGAAUUGAUGGGAGAGUAACAUAUAUGCGUAAUACUGCCGAAAGGCGGAAAUUUGUACAAUUCUUAGCUGAUGGUUUACCAAAUAGAACUUUAUACAGUGUCUACCAUAGAUUUAGAAAUUUAUAUGAAAAUAAUGUACAUAGAAGGUUUAAACCCGAAGAAGAUGAAAUGAUAAUAAAUCACUUAGAAAAUAAUCCCUCUCUUGAUGAAAAACGUAAAUAUGUUGAUUUGGCUAAAGUUCUUCAGAGAACUAGAAAUUCCAUUUGGCGGCGUUAUCAAAUAUUAAAGAGAAAAAACAAAAAAAGACAAAAAAAACUUAAAAGCUUCUAGAUAUUGUAGAUAUUAUCUAUAUAACAAAAAUGUGUAUAUUAUGAUGUGGUUUUUAAUUAUUUGUUUUCAGUAUUUUAAAUACAAAUAUAUUGAUAUUUUGAUAUAUGAAAGAAA